CCCAGUCUUCAUCUUGCAUGUUGUUCAGGAAACACAUAUUCUGAAGGACUCAGCUUCAGUGCGCUUCCAGAAAACAAAUUACUCUGAAAUUGUAUUGGGCUAGUUCACCAAAUUCCAGAGACUAUGGGAUUUAAGUGGCUGAAUCUCUGUGUUGCUGUCCUCUUCUUGUGUCCUCUAAAAGCUGGGAGUAUCAGAGCCCAAUGCACACAGCCUUCUUUUGCAUCAAGAAAUGUCAUUUUGACAGCAGAGCAUCUCUCAACUCAAAGUUUCCCAGAUGGAUCCACUGUAACAUUUGACUGUGUGAUUGGACACAAGCCAGCCGACUUAAAAGCAUCUAAAUCAGUUACUUGUCGGGGAAACCAGUGGACGAGGCUGGAACUCCGUUGCACAAGAAAAUCCUGUGGAGAUCUUGUGGAUUUUCUUAAUGGGAGAUAUGAAAUGACUGGAAAUUUAUUUGGUGACACAGCUAAACCAGUUUGUGACAAAGGAUACAUGUUAGCGGGUCAGGAAACAACUAGAACAUGCAGAGAUCAGGGAUGGGAUGGCCGAGAUCCUCUCUGUGAACCUGUGAAAUGUACAGCACCUCCAGCCAUAGAAAAUGGGCAACUUGACAAUGAGCCUUUGGAGAGUUAUGAGUAUUUACAAGUAGUCUCUUAUAGAUGUAACGGAGGACUUAAUCUUAUAGGACAAUCAACACUUCAUUGUUCUGAGGAUGGAACCUUUAAACCAGAUCCACCGAAAUGUUUUGAUGGGUGUCCAACGCCUAAAAUUCCUAAUUCAAAAAGAACUGGUGGAAAAUCACCCCCCUACAAGCUGGGUCACUUUAUAGAAUACAAAUGUGAUGAUGGCUAUACAAUGAAAGGAAAAGGUUAUAUUAUAUGUAGAGCAAAUGGAUGGGACCCCGAACCACCACGAUGCAUUAGUAAAACUGAGAUGAUUUCUUGUAUUAAUGCAUGACUGCAUUCUGUUUGAAAGGAUUGACAACAGUAAAGGAAGAGAUCGCCCAAAAUGAGAGAUGUCAUACUUACCUGUAUUGUUUGUUGAGGAAGACUUAUUGAGUCUAACGGACCAUCACAUUCAACGCCUUGUCGUUUGCCUGAGUUAAGUGAACAUGUCACUU